AUGCCCAGAAAACCAACAAAAAUACUCCCAACAAUCCAAAAACAUACCCCAAAAAAGCCUGGACCCAUCCGUGAUGAGAGAUGUCAUUCCAGUUCUACAGAUCCAGAUUCACAUCCAACUUGGCAUGCUCAGGACCAGUGCGCUGACUUGGCGGCAUUGCUGGCACAAGGGGAAGAAAAUCAUGAGCUUGCGAGGCGAUUUGGCUCUGUAGCUGCUUUGUGGCACUGGGGGCAGACAUGUGAAGUCGCUAUUUCCAACCUGGGGUACCAGAAAGACCAGGGUUGGAUUGAUUUCGGGCUGCAGACUGAGGCCAGUUCGCCUCCACAGCUGGAGCCAGAAGCCUUGAACGCCAGUUACACGGAGGACUUUGAUGCUGGUGCUCGCGACCGUUUCCGGGCACUACCGAGUACAAAGUUGAGAAUCCCGUGCCUUUUGAACAGUGAAGGCAUCGGCCAAUCUAAGGUCGUUUGCGGCCUCGGCACCACUGUCGCAUCUGUGGAGGGGCAAGAGGAGGAAAAGUCGAAGCUCCGGAGAAAAAUCGAGGAGCUUCGGCAAGCAGCUGGCUCCGCAAAGAACGAGGUCAGAAAGGAAAACUCAGAGUUAUCCGACGUUGAAGACUUGGACACAGGGCUGGUUCACGUGAAAUCGGCAUCCAAAGGAUCCGGUGGAGUGGUGAAGCAGCCCCGAAUGAGUCAGAGCUCGUUGGCUUCUGGGGGGUCGCCGAUGCGGCUGUCUUUGCGGAACUUUUCAGAGCAGGAUGGUGAAGCGGGCACGACGCCAAGCCCUAGGGCAUCUGGAUCCGGCAUGCUGUUCGGGAUGGUGCCGUCAAGCCCAAGUGCGCCCAGAGCAUCGAGUUCUAGCAGAAAGGUGGCACCUGCCCCUGUACAGGCUGCGUCCAGCAGGGGUCGCAGGAACAGUGCGAUGCUGAUUCCCGGAGUUCCAGCGCCGAAAACUCCCGACCCGAAAAAGCCCUCCUUCGGAGCCCCGUCACUGGGUGCUCAAACCCCACCCUUCACCCCACGAUCCUCCAAUGGAGCUCACCAGAGCCCGCAGCAGAGCAGGGCGCGAAGAGGCGCUACCGUCGGCCUGGGUGGGUUCACUGGUGAGGAAGUUAAGCUGCUGCCUGUUUGGAGCAAGUCCACUCAGGGACUGGCUGCCCGGGUCAACGUUAGAUCUGCAAACGCUGGCAUGAAGGACGCGGAGGGAAACCCGAUGCCUGGCGAUUGCGCAAGCCCAGAAAAGAAGGGAACAAACGGCUGCAGACGAUGCAUGCGAUAUAUGCAUGCGCUUCUCUCUGGCUUUGUCUCGGACCCGAGCUCUCCACGACGUAUUACGUGGGAAGUAUUUGGGCUAUUGCUCAUCAUUUACGAUCUCAUUUGGCUGCCCAUGCAAGUCUUCGACUCAACAGACUCACAAUUCACCUUUGCGACCGGCGUGUUGUCCUCCAUUUACUGGACCUUCGACAUCCCGCUGUCAUUCCUGGUUGGCUUUGCUAUCCAAGACCAAGGCGUUAUUGAGAAGGAUUUGAAGAAGAUCGCAUGGAACUACUGCACGGGCUGGCUGUCACUAGAUCUCGCUAUCGUGACGAUCGACUGGGUGAUCAACUUUCUGGACUGGACGAGCAGCUCAUCGGUCAGUGCUGGAGAGGGUAUCUCCUUCUUUCGCAUCGGAAAGGCGGUUCGUUUCCUGCGCUUGCUUCGCCUGCUGCGUCUGCUGAGAGCCCAUGGACGAUUGAAUGAGCUGCUGGAGCACGUGCAGUCUGAGGUCUCCGUGAUCUUUAUCAGUGUUGCGCGAUUGAUAGCUUUUAUCAUGCUGCUGAACCAUAUGGUUGCCUGUGCUUGGUUUUGGAUCGGGCUACUCAACAGACCGGACACGUGGCUCCUUCAAGCAGAUUCAGAUAUUCUCGUUGCACCCAUGGCCUACCAGUAUUUCACGGCAUUGCACUGGUCGCUGACGCAGUUCACUCCAGCUUCAAUGGAGGUCGUUCCCAAAAAUGAGAUCGAGCGUCUCUUCAAUGUCGUCGUCAUCAUCUCAGCCAUGGUGAUAUUCUCCACAUUCAUCUCCGCCAUCACCAAUGCCAUGAACCAGCUGCGAAACUUGAACAGUGAGCGGAAUGAGCAAGCAGCUCUUCUUCGUCGCUACAUGCAGCAGUACCCCAACGUCUCUGCGCCAGUGAAAGCUAGGGUGUGGCGGAGCGUUAAAACCCUGAGCCAGACUCGCUCACGCGUGCACGAAGCUGAUGUCACACUGCUCCGCUUAAUGCCGCUAAGUCUGCGGCAUGAUCUGAGCCAGGAAAUUUACUCCGCACAAUUCCAACAUCCAUUCUUCGUUGUGUGCGAAACGUGCUUCUUAGAUCAAACGCGGAAGAUCUACAGCACGGCUCUGACCGAGAAAUACCUAAGCACUACACAAGAGCUGAUCACUCGAGGUGAGAACGCUACACACAUGUAUUUCUUGAACAGUCGCGUGCCGGAGUCACUGCUGGAGUAUUUUGAAGCCAACGCCCAAGAGCCCACACUCAAACUGACUGCCGGUGCCUGGCUAUGCGAGGCGGCCCUCUGGGUGAAGUGGACGCACAAGGGCACAGCCAAGACCAACGAGAGCUCCGGAUGUGAAGUCAUCUCCGUAGACGCAGGAGUCUUUCAGAGCAUUCUCAAAGAUGAUGCGCCAGUGCGAGAGCCGGUAGCUCAGAUCGCUGGACAUGCAUCAACGGUGCCAGCGCCAGUUCAGAGCUUCCGUGUCAAACGCACACAGAAACUACAGCAGCCACGCCCUGGCAAUCUGCGAGCUUCCGUGGACACUCAAGUCAGAAACGAGACGGGCACAUCCCGUUUGCCAGGAUGUCACGAUGGCCUUCCCCUCUACAAGGUUUAG